CUGAAAGCUUUAAACGAAGUUCGAUCCUCGAGUUCAACACCCAAUACGUCCCAACGACUUCGUCCAGAGAGAAACCUUCGUCCACUCAUUCUUCGACUCGUAGUAGCAAAGGAAGGCAUGAAUGUGGCAUAGAAGCUCUGAUCAUUCGACGUAAAUUGGUGUUCGUGGACAUCGAAACGUACGAUUCCAGUCGUUCAGGUUAUUCCUAGACAAUUUUUCCGGGAUCUUACUCAGUGCCGUGGAUUUAUCGUUGAGAUGGCAGAUCGGGAGGAAUUGGUAUCUCAGUUUCGCGACGUGACCGGCACUGAUGCUGAGAGGGCACAAUUUUAUCUGGACUCAUCCGCUUGGCAGCUAGAGGUGGCUCUAGCGAGUUUUUAUGAGAAUGAUGAGCCAGCUGACCUUGUCAAUGAGCCUGUCGAAGACGUUGCAUCUGAUGAUGAUGUGGGGGAGCUGCCACGUCUAAUAGAUUCAACCCCUGCAGAAAUGAAGUCUUCGCAGCCUCUGCCAAAGCCGAAAGCCAGGUUCGGAACUAUUGCAGACUUACAAAAGAGGGAUAGUAGUUCAGAGGAAGAGGAAGGUCAAGCAUUCUAUGCCGGUGGCUCGGAACACAGCGGUCAACAGGUUUUAGGACCAGGAAAAAAACGUGACAUUGUUGGUGACAUGUUCAAAUCUUGUCAGGAGCAAGCAGUUUCUUCCGAUCCUAGAGCCACCUCGCAACAAAGACCCAGUACCUUCGGCGGAACGGGAUAUAAACUGGGACAAACUAGCAGCGACACAGAAGUAACUCCCUCACCAUCUACUCAAGAAAGCAAUACCGGAUUGAUCACAUUGAAACUAUGGCGAGAAGGAUUCACUUUGAACGAUGGUGACAUUAGACCGUAUAACGAUCCUGGUAACCGAGAAUUUUUGGCUGCUAUCAAGCGUGGUGAAGUUCCCAUGGAGAUCCGUCAAGAAGUACAAGGUGCCGAAGUCAGACUGGAUAUGGAAGAUCAUCGUCAUGAAGAAUUUGUACCUCCUAAAGUCAAAGUAAAGGCCUUCACUGGGAAGGGACACAUGCUAGGAAGCCCAUCUCCAGCAACGGUAGGCAUAACCGUUCCAGUUGGUUCUGUAGAUCAAACAGCGAAUGAGUCACAAGCCACAAGAGAAUUGAAUGUAGAUUCUUCUCAACCAGUGACAACAAUUCAGAUUCGAUUAGCAGAUGGAAGUAGCAUCAGAGCUCAGUUUAAUCUGACACACACAGUUUCUGACAUUAGACGUUAUAUUUCAACUAUGAGACCCCAGUAUGCAGCUAGUAAUUUUCGCCUACUGACGUCAUAUCCAAGCAAAGAGUUGACUGAAGAGAGUAAAACUAUUGAAGAAGCUGGACUUAAAAAUUCUGCUAUAAUGCAGCGACUGUAAUAGAAAACGUUUGUGAGAAAAAAAAAAAUUGCCCAACUUCAUACAACUGUAACUCUUAGUUUAACGAAUAUACCUUUGAUCAUUUCCAAAUCAGGUUUUGUACAAGCAA